AUGCGACACGUGGAAGCGAUCUUGCGUGGUGUAAUAGGAGACGUGGAGUUUAUAUAUCUUUCUGCCUCCUGGAAAGACUUCUCCGACACUGCUGAUACAGAUCAUCGUGUCUGGGGGCAUGGCGACCCCGAAUUUGAUGAGAUCAAAGGGUUGGGAGUAUCGCUAGCUUUGGUGCGCCAUACACUAGAGAAGGAUGGCCCUUUCAGCGGCGUAGUCGGGUUCUCCUCUGGCGCCGCUAUGACUGCAACUAUUACGUCACUGCUAGAACAACCGUACAGAGGAGAUGUCAAGACUGGCAGGAAUGUAUCUCUUGAGAUCAAUCAUCCGCAACUAAGAUUUGCUAUUUGCCUCAGUGGAUUUCGAUUGAAGCACGUGUCUUACAAGAAAUCCUUCUACUCGUCCAGUAUCAAGACACCAACUUUUCACACUAUUGGGACGUCAGACGCAGUUAUCGACCCGAAUCGAACAGUAGACCUUACGAACUGUUAUGAAGACGCACAGGUCUAUCAGUACGAUGGUGGCCAUUAUGUGCCACAGUAUAAGGAGGCGAAUGGUCUUCGCGGCGAUCUUAUUCCUUUUCUGCAACGAGUCAUGAAAAUGCCAACCGAUGAUGCAUGUGCUGAAAUUCACUUUUAG